UCGGAAUUUUCAGGGGCCUUUGACGUCUUGCGGGGGUGGUCGGAGGCCUGGCCUGAUUGAGCUGGUCGGGGACGGCCUGGGCUUUCAGCUUAUAUCUGGGCUUUCAAGUUCCUAGGUACCUUAGCUCUCUGUUUCAUGUGCAUGUUGCUCACGUUCGCAGCCCUGCUAACUGCCAGGCCGGGAUGUACCAACAGGCUACACACCGUACCUGGAUCAAUUUGUGAAUGGAGGAGACUGGUCCAUGCCUGCAUGAGGACAAAAGUCUCAUACCUGCUAUGGGCUGGCAGCAUUGGAGCUGGGUUAGCAAGAUCCUACGGACCUACCAGAUUGAAGCUAGGUGGGCCAAUCUUUAGGGACCACCUUCACCUUCAGUAGCCAAGCUAAGACUACAAAUCACGAAAAGGCUUCUAAUCAAAAUUACUGAGAGAGGAUCCACAUACUCAGCAGCAUUAUCCUAAGCAGGUAUCCCUCGUGUUUGUGAGGUAGGGCGCGCGCUCGGGCUUUGCCCCUGACUUUUCAUUGUGACUUUUCUGGUUCUCGUUCAUUUUCCUGGGAUCACCGAUCUUUGCAGUUUCUGACAAUAGGGACAGCCUGCAUACUGGGUGUCACCCCCAAAUCUGAUGGAAGAUAAAAAGCAGGACCUUGAAGCGCCGCCAGCUGGCGCUGAGAUCCAUGCUGGGUGGCGAUACGUGGAACACGUGUUUCCAGCUUCCUGGCAGCUGAAGCAUGCUGCGGGGCCAACGAGCAUUCUCAGCCCAACAGUGUCGGUCCACGAGGUACCGCACCAUGGGGUGCGCACAAUCACAACUGCAAGGAGGACAAGGAAAGGCCGGCAUCCAAUCAUUGAGGCCGUGUCGGAGGAGCGGAAGAUCGAGCAUGUCCGGCCGAGGACGCUGAUCCAUCCGUUCGGCUAUAAGCUAUGGGGAUGGGCGCCACGCAACAUCUCUUAUUGGGUUGGGGUGGCCUUCACGGUGGGGUCCAUAGCCUGGGUUGUGAACGGCACGUUUGCGAUGUGGCCGCUCAAGAAUGAGAGGGUCAACCUGUACGUUGUUGGCUACACAGCUGUCCUGGGAGGGUUCCUUUUCGAAGUGGGCUCCAUCCUGGCCUUUUGGGAAAUGGUCAACAGCAAUUGCAAGAACAUCGACGUGGGCCACCGCAUCGAGCACGACCCUGAGGGGCGCACCACACGCGUCUACCACAGCAAGAACGACGCCUCCUACCACCGCCUCGACGAAGCGGCGCAAUCGCUUGACGACAAAGUGCAGAACGGCACGCACUUUGGCGAUGGAGACGGGCUACACAACGGCCACGGAUUUGAGAACGGGGUUGUCGGUGAGGGGGUGGGCAAAGGGCGCGAAGCCCCGAUUUCAAGCAGGGCGGAGAGGCACGCGGAGGCGAAGCAGAGGCGGCGCAAGUGGCUGUGGUGUGCGUGGCGGCCGCGAAGCUUGUCGUAUUGGACGGUCACGUCUCAGCUGAUUGGUGCCACCAUUUUCGGCGUCCCGGCGUGCAUCACGGGAGUCCCCCACGUGCUGUGGUUCGACUACCCCCCGAGCCACUGGCAGGGCUGGCUCAUACUCUACUGGCUGCCGCAGAUGAUUGGUUCCAUCUUCUUCAUCAUCAAUAGCUACCUCACUAUGGUCGAGAGCGCGCACUCGUGGUUCGGGAUCAAGUUCUGGGACCUCGGGUGGCAGGCCGGGUUCUGGAACCUGUUAGGAGCCAUCGGGUUUCUGCUGUCCGGCCUCUUUGGCGCGCUCGUGUAUCCGACCGAGUGCUGCCAAAAGUGGGGCACGUAUUUCUCCACUUGGUGGGGGAGUAUCUUCUUUUUGAUCUCGAGUUACUUACUCAUACCUGAGGCGCUAAAUAAGUAGGCGGUAAACGAGAUAUUGCGUGUCCAUGCUCGCUUUUGACAUGUAAGCAGAUGCGUUAUUUUGGCGGCCUAGCUUGCAACGGAUAGUGAGAUCAGGAGGAAUAAUUUUGUCUCCAAUGCCGUGGUCGGAAGCGACCGCACUAGUAGCAAGGAUGCGUUUGUAAACGAAGAGAGUCACAGCUAGAGAGCUGCUCUACCGGAUUUUGUCACAACGGACUGGUCAAAGAGCUGCUAGGAUGUCGUGGGACGUACAUAAUAUCAUUCAAGUCGAGUUGCGGUUUGGAGUCGCUGGUCACGUUAGUGUCGACGUUUCUCAGUAACAGGCGCGCACUCGUCAAAAUGUAAAAGCAAGGCCGGGCACACGCCAGAAAUGUCGUCAAUUUGAGCCGCGCAACGUCUCGUUUGCAUGCUUAGAUGUUCUUGUCGCCCAUGCAGA